UACAGCACACAAUGGCGUCGUCGCCGCCCCCCGUAGAAGACCAGGCUCGCCUGCUUGAAGAUGCCCUUGCCGUGGUGCGCCAGCAGACGAUGCUCAUGCGGCGGUGCCUCGAGACGCCCGGCAAACUGAUGGAUGCGCUCAAGAACAGCUCAACCCUCGUCUCGGAGCUGCGGACCAGCAGCCUCGGCCCCAAACAGUACUACGAACUCUAUAUGGCCGUCUUCGAUGCCCUCCGCCAUCUAUCCGUCUACCUCCGCGAGAACCACCCUGUAAACCACCUCGCUGACCUCUACGAGCUCGUCCAGUAUGCGGGGAAUAUCAUUCCCCGUCUGUAUCUCAUGGUCACCGUGGGCACCGUGUACAUGGCCAUUGAGGAUGCGCCGGUCAAGGAGAUUAUGAAGGACAUGAUGGAGAUGAGUCGCGGAGUGCAGCACCCCAUUCGCGGCCUCUUUCUGCGCUACUAUCUUGCUGGCCAGGCGCGCGAUUGCCUUCCCUCCGGUGAUGGCGAGGGACCCGAGGGCAAUUUGCAGGACUCGAUUAGCUUCAUCUUGACCAACUUUGUCGAGAUGAAUAAGCUGUGGGUGCGGUUGCAGCAUCAAGGACACUCGAGGGAGCGCGAGCAGCGCACAAAAGAGCGCCAGGAGUUGCAGCUUCUUGUCGGGAGCAAUCUGGUUAGGCUUAGCCAGCUCGUGGACUUGGAGAACUACAAGAAGAUUCUGAAUCCGCUGUUGGAGCAGAUUGUGCAAUGUCGAGAUGUUCUGGCGCAGGAGUACCUCUUGGAAGUCGUCACCCAGGUCUUCCCAGACGAAUUCCACCUGCACACCCUCGACCAAUUCCUUUCCGCCGUCGCGCGCCUAAACCCGCAUGUCAACGUCAAAGCCAUCGUUGUAGGCCUGAUGGACCGAUUAUCUUCGUAUGCGCAAAGAGAAGCCGAGACGGAAAGCCCAGAGCAGCGCAAGAAGACCGAGGAAGAGUCAAUAGAACAGCUUCUGGAAAAAAUGCGUAUAGCGAAAGACAAGAAAGCGGCAGAGCCAGAGCCAGCGCCAGCGCCAGCACAGAAUGGAGACGCCGCGGAGACAGAACCAGGCGCUGAAGAGGACUCGGCUUCCUCAACAACAGCUGUGUCAACCGCGGAUACAGAGACCACCGAGACCACCGAGACAGACGGCGCGAUCGAGAAAAGGCGGGGAAUACCCAACAAUGUCAAGCUCUUUGAGAUCUUUCACGAACAGGUGCAGACCUUGGUCAAGAUGCAGCGGUUGCCAAUACAAGACACAAUCGGACUGCUGGUAUCGCUUGCCAACCUUGCAUUAAACAUUUACCCCGAGCGACUUGACUACAUCGACCAAGUACUGACCUUUGCAAACCAAAAGGUCGCAGAGUACCAAAACAGUGCUGACCUACAUUCACAAGCAACACAAAGCCAGAUCCUCAACCUUCUCCUUUCGCCGAUCAAGACCUACGUGUCUCUGUUCACUGCGCUAGCAUUACCCAACUUCAUCCCUCUCUUGCACUCGCAGCCGUAUCCGACCCGAAGAGCGGUAGCCGGCGAAAUUGCAAGAAGCUUAAUGCGGAACCAGACCUACAUCACCUCCGUGGAGAAUCUUGAAAGCGUACUGGAGAUCCUCAAAGUCCUGAUCCGGGAAGGCAUUCAGCAAGCUACAGGAUAUCCCGGGGGGCCUAUCCAGAGAAGAGCACAAGAGACAGAUGAGACGAUAGAGGAGCAGGGUUGGUUAGCACGGAUAGUACAUCUCAUCCGCGGAAAGGACAACGAUACCCAAUUCAAGCUCCUCCAAGCCGCUCGCAAGUCCUUCGCAGAAGGAAACGAACGCGUCAAAUACACUUCCCCCGCCAUAAUCACAGCCUCCCUCAAACUCGCGCGACAGUACAAGAAGCGCGAACACUUCGAAGACAACUGGCAAUCCCAAUCCUCCGCCCUCUACAAGUUCAUGCAUAAUACACUCUCCACGCUCUACACCCGCGUCACCGGCUCCGCAGACCUCGCUCUCCGCCUGUUCAUCGCUUGCGGUCAAGUCGCUGACCAAAAUAACUUUGAAGAAGUCGCGUACGAGUAUUUCGCCCAGGCCUUCACGAUAUAUGAGGAGGCGAUUAGCGACUCGAGAGCGCAGUUCCAAGCUGUUUGCGUGAUCGCGAGUGGGUUGCAUACCACGCGGCAUUUCGGAAAGGAGAAUUAUGAUACUUUAAUUACGAAGUGUGCGCUGCAUGGAAGCAAGUUGUUGAAAAAGCCGGAUCAGUGUCGUGCGGUGUAUUUGGCGAGUCAUCUUUGGUGGGCGACGGAGAUUAGAGCGUUGGGGGAUGAGGAUCCGAAGACUCUUUAUCGCGACGGCAAACGAGUGCUCGAGUGCCUACAACGUGCGCUGCGUGUUGCGGACGCGUGCAUGGAUGCUGCGGUGUCGGUGGAACUUUUUGUCGAGAUUCUAAACAGAUACGUGUACUACUUUGACCAAGAGAACGAUGCCGUUACUACAAAAUACCUCAACGGCCUCAUCGAGCUCAUCCACUCAAAUCUUCAAUCCAACGAAAACGCAUCAUCGCUGGAGAAUCCCAGAAAGCACUUCCAGCGCACACUUGAUUAUAUAACGAGCCGAGAAUAUGAGGGUGUGGUGACGGCAGCGAAAUAAUUAAUGGUAAGGCAAAGUGUGCAAAGUGGUUGGCAAAGUGGUUGACGUUCGGCCUGGAGCUCCUUGUACGAUUAAACCGACAAGGAUUUGUAGUACUCCUUGGCAAAUAACGAUUUGUGCCAUGGUAUACCUAGUAUGUAGCAUUGUUAAGAUCACCAAUAUUGUAUGUAUGUGGCUAGAGUGAGCAAUCAGACGUGUAUCUGUUGGGUGUGUAAUGCUUACCAGCAAUUGGCGUCAAUGCCAACGAUCUGAAAGAUGUUAUCCCACGAAUACGAGAUAUCACGAGCCCAGGCCGACUUACCCCAG